AUAGCUAUGAAAGGUCAAGUUUCUUUUGGUGGCUUAUUUUCAACUCAUUCAAGUUUUGACCGCAAUAGUAAGCGUUGCUUGAAUAUUGACUGGGAACAGUUGGUUAACUUACAAGGCAUGAUUUAUGCUGUGGAGCUAAUCAAUAAUAGCUCAUCGUUAUUACCUAAUGUAACGAUUGGUUAUGAUAUUCGAAAUACUUGUGAUAAUCCUGAUGUGGCAAUGAAGCAGACAUUAGAUCUUUUACUUAAAUUUCGUAGAAAUGAUUUAUGCAACUCUCACCGAACCAUAAGUAAUAAUAAUCAUUCUUUAAAUCAACAUCCUUUUUUGACUUCUCAGUUGGCGAUGGAUGACCAGCUCGUCGGAAUUAUCGGUGCUAAGAGUAGUAGAACAAGUUCAGAUGUUCAAACGAUUCUAAAGACGUUUACUAUGCCUCAAAUAAGUUAUGCUGCAUCUGAUACCAAGCUGACCAAUCGCCAUCGGUUUCCAACAUUUUUCAGAACUGUACCGAUCGAUAACUACUUGGCUAGAAUUAUUGCCGCAAUACUAUUACGCUUGAACUGGAACUUUAUAUCUAUCGUUACCUUGAAAUCAGAAUACAGCCAAUCGAUUCAUCGAGAGAUGAUGGAAAUAAUUAAAAAAAAAAGGACAUGUGUUGAUGAAAAUUUAGUGAUACCGGCGAAUCCAUUAGAGAUAAAUAAUGCAAUAUCGAAAAUCAAAUCGAGUAAAGCACCAGUGGUCGUUUUAUUAGUAGAAGAAAAUGCUUUGGCAGAUUUAUUGCUCAGGUUUCAAAAUCGACAUGUAACUGGUAAAACAUUCCUAACAUCAUGCGAAUGGAAUCAGGAAAUGUGGAAGUUAGAUCGAUAUGUCAUCGGUGGCAUGAUGGGCAUAACACUUAAACGACGUCCAAGCUUGCAAUUUCAACAAUAUCUUACUGAGGUCUCCAUUUGUAACAAUAUCAAUCCUUCACUAUUACCCUUUUGGCUUAUGUUUCAUGGCAUUCACAAUUUUACCGAUGAUAAUGCGCAGCAAGUAUGCCAAGAUUAUGUAAAGUACAAUCCAGAUAAUGAUGUUCGAAAUCACCUACAACGCUUGUCUUAUAACGCAGCUUAUGUCAUUGAUGCAGUUUAUGCCUUAGCUCAUGCCCUUCAUAAGACAUUGCAAUGUAAUCAACACAUUUGCCAAAAAACACCUAACGAUCCGGAAUUUCAAUUAGCAAAAGUAAUAGAAAAUAUGUAUCGAAUAUCAUUUCAAGGUAUGACUUCAAAGGAUUUCGAAUUUAAUGAAAAUGGCGGUCCACAUGACGUUGUUUAUAACAUCGUCAAUUUAAAAUGGUCGACAAAGCAUCGCGUAUUAAGACCUGUUACUGUAGGUAAUUGGACACUUGGUAAUGUAGAAUUGCUAUCAAUCAAUGAAAGUAAAGCAGGCUUUGGUCCCUAUAACAAUAUAUCCCAGUUACCUCAGAUAUGCGCAGCGACUUGUCAGCCCGGAGACUAUUUCACCUAUAUCAGUAGACCGUUGUGCUGUUGGCAAUGCCAUGCAUGUCCUUAUAAUACCUACAGUAAUAAAACUAAUGCUCCGGCUUGUAAGUCCUGUCCUUUAGGAAGUGCUAGCAGUAAAAAUCAAACGACGUGUGAACUCAUUAAACCCUUUGAAUUAACUUAUUCAAGUAUGCAAAAUGUAAUUAUGCUGAUUGCUUAUAGCAUUACAGCCGCAAGCACACUUUUUACAUGGGCAGUUAUAAUCAAAUAUCGAAAUACUCCAGUGGUGAAAGCUUCCGAUUUUGUUCUAUCGCAAAUGCUUCUUUUUGGUAUUCUUAUGUGCUUAUCGGUCGCACCUUUAUUUGGAGCUCCCAUAAGUAUAUUUAAUUGUACCAUAACCCUAUUUAUAUUUUGUAUCUCGAUAGCUUUUGUCAUGUCUAUCAUAUUGGUAAAAACCAAUCGCAUCUCUGCGAUAUUCAAAACCGGCUUUAUCAAGUCUCAAAAAUCAAAAAUGUUAUUAGGAGAUCGAGGACCAGCUAUUUUGGCCAUUUUAUUAACCACCAUUGAAGUUGUAGUCUGUGUUGUUGCCAGUAUAUACGAUCCUAUCAAGCUUCGAAGACAAGUAAUAUCAGAACAAUUAGUUUAUUUGAAUUGCCGUUCAAAAACAAGACUUGGUUACAUAGUUGCCGUUGGUUAUUUUGCUUUAUUAUGUCUAACAUGCGUCUAUUUAGCCUUUAAAACCAGAAAAUUACCGGAAAAUUUCUGCGAAGCAAAGUAUAUUAAUUUCGCAUCGAUCACUAUGCUGUUAUCCUUAGCAACUAUGACACCAGCCUAUUUUGGCACGGUAGGACCCUUUCAAGCAGCUAUUUCAUCCUUUGGUAUGAUUAUAUUUGGUUCGUGUGUACUAUGUUGCAUGUUUGGGAAAAAACUCUAUAUAAUUUUACUGCAUCCUGAACUAAAUACGAAAGAAAAUGUCAUG